AUGAAUGAGAAUCAAGACCCUGAACUACUUCCCAUUGAUCUAGAAAUCGAGCGAGUUGCUCAAGAUCGAGUAGCUCAAGGGGGAGUAGCUGCCAACAAUGGGCAGAAUGCAGUGAUUGUGGUUGAUGACAGAGAUCGUGCGAUUAGGCAAUAUGCUCUCCCCCUCUUCAAUGAGCUCAACCCGGGCAUCGUUAGACCAGAAAUUCAGGCAGCACAGUUUGAAUUGAAGCCAGUCAUGUUCCAUAUGCUUCAAACUGUGGGCCAGUUUAGUGGGAUGCCAACCGAAGAUCCUCACCUUCAUCUUCGAUUGUUCAUUGAAGUGAGUGAUUCAUUCAAGCUGCCCGGAGUGAUAGAGGAUGCGCUGAGAUUAAAGUUGUUCACAUACUCCUUGAGAGACAGAGCUAGAGCUUGGUUGAACUCUUUGCCAUCUGAUUCUGUGACUACUUGGCAAGAGUUAGCUGAGCGUUUUUUGAUGAAGUAUUUUCCUCCCACUAAGAAUGCCAAGCUCCGCAGUGAGAUUACUUCAUUUCAGCAACUUGAUGAAGAAUCUUUAUAUGAGGCAUGGGAGCGGUUUAAGGAGUUGUUGUGCAAAUGCCCUCACCGUGGCAUUCCUCAUUGUAUCCAGAUGGAGACAUUUUAUAAUGGUCUAAAUGCCCACACUAGAAUGGUGGUUGAUGCUUCAGCGAAUGGGGCUCUUCUUGCUAAGUCCUAUAAUGAGUGGCCCACUUCUAGAUUGUCUACAAGUAGAAAGGUGGCUGGUAUUCAUGAUGUAGAUGCCAUCACUUCUUUGGCAGCCCAAGUAUCCUCUAUUUCUAAUAUGCUCAAGAUAAUGAAUAUCGGAAUGAAUCAAUCAGUGGGGAAGCCUAUGGGGACACAAUUUGGGAAAAUGGAGAACAUUUCUUGUGUGUAUUGUGGUGAGGGUCAUACUUUUGACAACUGUCCUUCCAAUCCAGCAGUUGUGUGUUACAUGGAGAAUCAAAAUAGGAAUGACCCUUAUUCUAAUUCCUACAAUCCAUCAUGGAGGCAACAUCCCAAAUUUUCGUGGAGUAAUCAAGGGGCUGGCCCUAGCAAUUCUUCUAUGCCUCCAAGACCAAAUUUCCCACCGGGUUAUCCCCCACAAGCACCACAACAACAAGCAAUGCAAUCUGGCUCUCUUGAGAACAUGUUGAAGGAGUAUAUAGUGAAGAAUGAAGCCAUGAUCCAAAGCCAAGCUGCAUCAUUGAGAAACUUAGAAAACCAAGUUGGGCAACUAGCUAAUGAGCUGAGAAAUAGACCCCAUGGUACGUUGCCAAGUGACACAGAGAAUCCAAGAAAUGCGAGCAAUGAACAUUGUAAAGCCGUCACUUUGAGAAGUGGGAAGGAGUUGGAGAAUUCCAAGACAAAUUAUGGGCAUGAGGGUGAGCCCUCUUCAAUCCAAAUAAAUCAGGAAAUUCACAAAGAUGCUGAAUUGCCUAGUAAGCAAAAGUUGGAUUCUCAAUUCAAGAAGUUUCUAGAUAUGUUGAAGCAGUUGCAUAUCAACAUCCCACUUGUAGAGGCACUUGAGCAAAUGCUUAACUAUGUGAAAUUCAUGAAAGAUAUUCUUACAAGGAAGAGAAGGUUAGGAGAAUUUGAGAUAGUGGCUCUUACCAAGGAAUGUAGCUCAUUCUUGCAAAACAAGCUGCCACCGAAGAUGAAAGAUCCUGGGAGUUUCACCAUUCCAUGUACCAUUGGUAAUUCUUAUUGUGGCAUGGCUUUAUGUGAUUUGGGUGCCAGUAUAAAUUUGAUGCCUAUGUCUGUGUCUAGACAAUUGGGGAUUGGUGAAGUCCGACCUACCACAGUGACUCUACAACUUGCAGAUAGAUCUCUUGCUUAUCCAGAUGGGAAGAUUGAGGAUGUCUUGGUAAAAGUUGAUAAGUUCAUUUUUCCAGUUGAUUUCAUUGUGUUGGAUUAUGAGGCAGAUAGGGAGGUACCAAUCAUUCUAGGGAGGCCUUUUCUAGCUACUGGUAGAACUCUGAUUGACGUGCAAAAGGGUGAACUUACUAUGAGGGUUCAAGAUGAGCAGGUGACUUUCAAUGUUUUCAAGGCUAUGAGAUUUCCAGAUGAGGUCGAAGAAUGUUCUGUUGUUUCAGUGGUAGAUUCUUUGGCUUCAAAGGAAUUAGAAAACAAUUUUAUGAUCCUCUAG